AUGCCCCCACCACGCUCCAGAGGCUCAUGCAGUGGUGUCUGGGGGGAUUCCCUGCUGAUUUACCUCAACGGCAUCAUUGUGUACUCGCCGGAUUUCGGAAGCCAUCUGGCCUUUCUGGAAGAGGUUUUCCAGACGCUCCAUGACCAUGGAGUGAGAACUGUGGAGGAACUCCAGAUCACCUUGGACAAGCUGAGAACUCUGGCAGACGGCUUGGAGAGUAUGCACAAAGGCACCACCAUAGGCAGUCUGACGGGAGGUGUUAUUGGAGCAGCUGGAGGAAUCACCUCUAUAGUGGGGCUUAUCCUGGCUCCCUUUACUCUGGGCGCCUCCCUGAUCGUCACUGGGGUUGGUAUUGGGGUGGCUGUCGCUGGUGGAGCCACAGCCGGAGUAUCCAACAUCACCAACAUGGUCAAUCAGUCCACCGACCGCCGAGCCAUCAAGAACAUCAUCAAGGAGUUCCAGGAGAAGAUGAACUCUGUGGUGACAUCUCUACAAGACAUCGCUGAGGGUUUGGAGACACUGAGGGCAAGUAGCUCUUUUAACAUAGGAAAUUACAAUUUCAAUGCAGAUGCUGGGGUAAAUGCUGGGGCAAGGUUUGGGAGGGGCCUGGGGUGCAUACCAGAGCUCUUCCGAUUUCUCCGUGUGGCCACCAUUGGCAAUGUGGUACAGUUUCUCCGGGUGGCCACCAUUGGCAACUUCCAGUACAGUUCGUGUGGCUUAGGUGGCGACAGGAAUAUUUUCAGAUAUUUUUGUAUCUGUUGAUAUCUUCCUCAUCGCCAUGGAUGCCAAAGAGAUCACAACAUCCGACAGGCGAAGGCGAAUGAGCAGCCGGGUGAUACCAGUAUGUUAGAAGGGAUGGACACAGACUCCACCACUGAGCUGAACCCUGCAUGUGAAGAACCAAAGGCUGAGGUCAAGUCAGAGACCAUGAAGUUCACCCAGACGAUCAGACAGACAGCUGAACAGCUACAGGAGAGCCUGGACGAACUGAGUGACAUCAUCUCAUUCAUUCCUUAGAGGACUGUUACUCAGACAACUGAGACGACUCAGUUUUAUUGAUUAUAAAAGAAACAAGAAAUAGAAUGGAAACAGAGGUAUUGGCAGUGUGACUCUGACACCCUGAUAGGCCUACAGGUUGUAAUCACGAGCAAAUUCCUUUUUCCAUUCUCAAAUGCUUGCACAAUACAUCCACAGGUACACCUCCAAUUGACUCAAAUUAUUAGUCAAUUAGCCUUUCAGAAGCUGCUAAAGCCAUGACAUCAUUUUCUGGAAUUUUCCAAGCUGUUUAAAGGCACAGUCAACUUAGCGUAUGUAAACUUCUGACCCACUUGAAUUGUGAUACAGUGAAUUAUAAGUGAAAUAAUCGGUCUGUAAACAAUUGUUGGAAAAAUGACGUGUCAUGCAUGAAGUAGAUGUCCUAACCGACUUUCCCAAAACUAUAGUUUGUUAACCAGAAAUUUGUGGAGUGUUUGAAAAACGAGUUUUAAUGACUCCAACCUAAGUGUAUGUAAACUUCCGACAUCAACUGUACACACAAGCACUCUCUUUUAGGGGCUCCCGGGAUCCCCGGCACUCAGCGGGAUGUAGACUACAGGAUGGAACAACACUUGUUGGCAGGUGGGUGGAUCCAUGAGAUUGAUGCGUAUGUGAAAAAGGUCCAGCCAGGGACGCUCAGCUGGGGCACGCGGUAAAUUCAGCUCUCACCAAAAUAAACUUCAAAGGUUGUCCUUUUAUUUUUCCAAGAAGCAGGAUUCUAUAAGAGAUCAAUAUGAACAUGUAAUAGAUAUUUCACUGUUCUGGGUAGGCAUAAGUGUCCAGUUGUCUUAUUUGCUAUGAUGUCCUCGCAGUAGGAGCAGUUUCUCUCCUUGCAGGCAGACAUGACAUGGCCUCACAGAGCAAAGCCAACAUUUUUCAGUCAAACCAUUGGCCAACUUUGCCGACGCAAAAUUGCGAGGAGCCAAAGGCCUCAAUAAAGUGUAUUUUGUUACUUCUGAUUUGUAACUACCUACAUGCUUUCUAAUAGUGAAAUAACUUCCAGGUUUGUAUCUUAACCAUCAGGAAUUUACAUGAGAAAGUUGACAAAGGCUGAACAGUCGAGGAACCCUCAACAAGGGACCCAUUUACAGUGUACAAUCAGAGAAGGAGAGAGAGAGAGAGAGAGAGAGAUAGAGAGAGAGCGAUAGAGCGAGAGGGUGGGAGGAGAAACUGGGAGGAGAGUUGAAUUAAUGAAUUAAAAUGUCCUGUGUCCAGUUGAGUGACCGAAUAGGCUACUUUUUCCACUUAUAAAGAGAGACAAGAGAAAAUGUCAGAGAAGAGAGACACUCCAACUUCUACAUGAAUCUGAGAACCUUCACAGCUUUAGAUUCAACGGGGACAUUGAAACUACUUUAUUUACAUAAUAACUCUGUAACAGUCAAUCAGAACCGGUACCGACUGACACUUCUUCAGCUUCAGUGCAACCACUGAUUUGUGUUUGGUAGGCUAAAUUCGGUCUUAGCUACUGAAAUUUGAUUUGAACUAACUGUCAUGUUGUUAGGCCUAUUAGAAUUACAACGGAAAUAUGUAGAACUAUAAUCAGGAUCGAAAUUUGUAGACAAUGAAAGUUGGGUCUUGUGAACAUCCGUGUGAGAGAACUGUCAACAAGUGCGCAUUGCUUCAAAUGCACGAGGUCGCACUGAUCAACCAAAAAGGCAAAUAGUCAACUUGCUCAUUCCCCGACAUCAAUUUAUUUUCAUGGUUUUUGGGCGAUACAAACAACCUUUUGCAAGUUUCAAAAUUGCAUUCAACAAUUGCAACAAAAGGUGAGUGAUGACCAGCACAUUAAUCAAUAGGCCUGAAUUCAACUUGUUUUUACUACUAGAUCACCAUUCCCAUAACUUAAUGCAUCUCCACGUUGUUAUGAUAGCGACAGAGCAACAGGAUGUGGUGACUUCUCACAUGAGCGAUAGCGGGGAUAGUUAGAUAUAUGGCCUAUAUAUAAAGGCCAGCACUCACUUGAUGAGGAGUUAUUAAGUUAAAAACAUAUAUGUAUGCAUGUUCCACCCUCUUCAUGAGUAAUAACCAUAGAAUAAAGAAAUAAACCAUUUGAAUGCUACUUUGGCUUGGUAUUGCAAAGAGAACAUAAGCAGAGAGAGCACAGGUGCAUCCACACAGAGAGAACAGGAUGAGUGCUACAGAUGUAGAAUCUUAAUUUGAGCCAGUUUGUUACAGAAGGAAAAAAAAUCCUGCAUGAACAGUAAAUGUGAAUUAUUAUGUGGAUUAUAAUUCAUGGGCAUUUUUUUGUAGAGGUAGAUACUUUUUUGUUAGGGCAAAUCAAAAUAUUGAGAAGCUUUUUGUAAACCUUGAAUACACUACAAGUUUGCAUUUCCGGCAGUGCAGGAAAAGUCUCAGCAAUCAAAAGAGUGAUCAAAUUAAGAUUCUACAUCUGUACUAUGUAGGCUACAGGUGAGUGUUUUUUUUUUUUUUUUUUUUUUUUUUACAGUAGCCCGCUGUGUCUGUGGCAUUUAUAAGAGGGGCUGCAGUUUGUGAACACCUGCAUGUACUGCAUCUAAAAUGACCAUUUGGAUGCUGGAAUAUUUUUCUUCCUUUCUCUCCAUCACCCCUUAAUAAUAAGUCUGUCCAUUUUUCUAGUCACCUUUACAGCAUUGACUACACAGUCAAUCAAUAAAACUAUGUAUUUAGUGACAGUACUUGAUCUGAAUGGAUCCUACAGGUGUUUAUGUAACAUUUCUGGCGACUUGGUUGAGUGUUUAGGAAUCAAUCCUCACUUUGCUGGAGGCACGGCUGUUUCUGGAGUUUCUGCUUAAACACAGUAACAGUAACAGCCUCAUGUCUAAAGUGGAAGAGAAAAGUGUUUAGAUACUGACGUUUAGUGUAUAUUAUACUGUAUAUUAUACUGUAGAUACUGUAUUGGCCAUGGCGAGUGUUCUAAAUCACACCUGUAGGAAGACAACCUGACCCCGUGACAUUUGAAUUGGACAUUCCAGACCACUCACUCCCAGGCUGCAGUCGACAAGUCAAGUCUACCAAUGUGUCAAACUGACACUGUUGCCCUCAGUAGACUGGUAAGGGCACAGUGUGGAAGACAUACUGAAAGGGUUAUUUGGAGAUGUUAGAUAAGGGCCAGUGUGUGGGUAGUUUGAGUACUUGAAACACAAAUAGUUUGGCUAAGAAGUUGUUUUAGAAUUUGUAUGGAUUUUUUUUUUUACACCUUAUACUGUUCAUGUACAUGGAAGUAGGGGUGCUGAUAAAUCAGAAUAAAAACUGCUUUAUUUUUCACAA